GUUGCAUAGACGCAACCUACCAGUGACAGGCUGCGUGCUGUAAAGUUCGGCUGACCCAUCAUCAGGAUAGCAGUCAGUAUUGCUCUGUUCAAGGCUGCGCGUACGUUUCACCUGUUUUGUAGCAGAGCCAUAAACCGCCCCGUUCACCUCAACUCCAGUGCUAAAGUAGCAUCAUUGCUCAAGAUGCCCCAGACAAACAAGUUCAAAAGUGCUGGAGCCAGCAGUGCUGCUCAGUUUGCUGGUCCAGACCGGGGAGAAGCACUCAGAGACCCCAGCGCACCUCCGGGGGACAGUGGUGGAGAUGACAACCAAGGAGACCCUCAAAUUAUUAAAUCUCCAAGUGACCCCAAACAAUACAGAUACAUUGAGCUGAGUAACGGACUGAGGGCUCUCCUGAUCUCUGAUCUGAGUGGUUUAGAUGGGAAAACUGAAGAUGAUGAAGAUACAGAAGAGGAGGAGGAAGAAGAAGAGGAGGGAGAGGAAGCGGAAGAGGAGGGAGACUCGGGGGAAGGAACGGAUGAGGAAUCUGAAGAAGAAGGGGACAGUCAAGAUAGUGACUUUGAGGAGCUUGACGAGGACAACGACAGGAAGAAGAAAAAGGGAUCUGAAAAACAGUCUGCAGCGGCCCUGUGUAUUGGCGUAGGGAGUUUCAGUGACCCUAAUGACCUACCUGGCCUUGCACACUUCCUGGAACACAUGGUGUUCAUGGGCAGCGAAAAGUACCCUUCUGAAAAUGGCUUUGAUGCGUUCCUUAAAAAGCAUGGUGGCAGUGAUAAUGCUUCCACUGAUUGUGAGAGAACCAUUUUCCAAUUUGAUGUCCAGAGAAAACGCUUCAAAGAAGCCCUUGACAGAUGGGCUCAGUUUUUCAUCUGUCCUCUUAUGAUUGAAGACGCCAUUGACCGAGAGGUUGAGGCUGUGGACAGUGAAUAUCAGCUUGCUAAGCCUUCAGACUCUCACCGUAAGGAAAUGCUCUUUGGCAGCCUAGCAAAGCCCAACCAUCCCAUGAGCAAGUUCUGCUGGGGAAAUGCACAGACCCUGAAGACUGAGCCUAGGGAAAAGAAUAUCAAUGUUUACAAGCGGCUCCGUGAGUUUUGGAAAAGGUACUACUCUGCCCACUAUAUGACCUUAGCUGUGCAGUCUAAAGAGAGUCUUGACACCCUUGAGGAAUGGGUUAGAGAAAUCUUCAGUCAGGUACCCAACAAUGGGAAGCCGAAACCUGAUUUUUCAGACCAGUUGAGCCCCUUUGAAACACCUGCUUUCAACAAACUUUACCGAAUGGUGCCUGUUAGAAAAGUACAUGCCCUCACCAUCACAUGGGCUCUACCCCCGCAAGAGAAGCACUACAGGGUAAAGCCUCUGCAUUACAUUGCUUGGCUGAUUGGCCACGAGGGAACUGGAAGUAUCUUGUCCAUGCUUAGGAGGAAGUGCUGGGCUCUAGCUUUGUUUGGCGGAAACAGUGAGACUGGUUUUGAUCAGAACACCACCUAUUCAAUUUUUAGUAUCUCCAUAACUCUGACUGAUGAGGGCUUCCAGAACUUCUGUGAGGUUGCUCAUCUCGUCUUCCAGUAUUUGAAAAUGCUUCAGACUCUUGGGCUCGGUGUUUUUGUAUUUCAGGCUAUUAGAAGCAAUUUGAAAAGAGAUGGAUAGGAGUAUUUGUUUGUAGACUCUGUACUUACAGUGUUGCUUUUACAGACUGAUCCUAUUGAGUAUGUGGAGGAUAUCUGUGAAAACCUGCAGCUGUUCCCAAAAGAAGACUUUUUAACAGGAGACCAGCUAAUGUUUGAGUUCAAACCGGAGGUGAUCUCUGUUGCACUGAACCUCCUCACACCAGAGAAGGCUAACUUGCUCCUGUUGUCUCCUGAGCAUGAAGGCCAGUGCCCACUCAGGGAAAAGUGGUUUGGGACUCAGUACAGUGAAGAGGACAUACAGCAGCACUGGAGAGAGCUCUGGGCAGGAGAUUUCGAUUUAAACCCAAGCCUUCACCUACCUGCUGAAAAUAAGUUCAUCGCCACUGAUUUCACCCUCAAAACCUCUGACUGUCCAGACACAGAGUACCCUGUCAGAAUAAUGAACAAUGACAGAGGGUGUUUGUGGUAUAAGAAGGACAACAAGUUCAAGAUCCCCAAAGCGUACGUGCAGUUCCACCUUAUAUCACCUGUGGUUCAGAAGUCUGCAAAAAACCUGGUGCUUUUUGACCUGUUUGUGAAUAUCCUGGUGCAUAACUUGGCAGAGCCAGCCUACGAGGCUGAUGUGGCCCAGCUAGAAUAUAAAUUGGUUGCAGGGGAGCAUGGUCUUGUCAUCAAGGUUAAGGGCUUCAACCACAAACUACCAUUGCUGUUCAACCUGAUCGUGGAUUAUCUUGCUGAUUUCUCCGCUGCUCCUGAUGUAUUCAGCAUGUUUGCAGAGCAGCUGAAGAAAACCUACUUUAACAUCCUCAUCAAGCCUGAAAAGCUUGGAAAAGACGUGAGGCUUCUGAUUCUAGAGCACUCUCGCUGGUCGACCAUUCAGAAGUACCAGGCUGUGCUGGAUGGGCUCAGUGUGGACGAGCUCAUGGAGUUUGUGAGCAGCUUCAAGUCAGAGCUAUAUGCUGAAGGACUAGUGCAGGGAAACUUCACUUGCACUGAAUCCAUGGGAUUUUUGCAGUAUGUUACAGACAAAUUGCAAUUCAAGAAGCUGUCAGUAGAGGUCCCUGUUCUCUUCAGAGUGGUAGAACUUCCUCAGAAACAUCAUCUGUGCAAAGUGAAGACUCUCAACAAGGGAGAUGCAAACUCUGAGGUCACUGUGUAUUACCAGUCUGGUCCUAAGAACCUGCGUGAACACACUCUUAUGGAGCUACUAGUGAUGCACAUGGAGGAGCCAUGCUUUGACUUCCUCCGAACCAAAGAGACACUGGGAUAUCAUGUCUACCCAACCUGUAGAAACACAUCAGGUGUCCUUGGAUUCUCAGUCACAGUAGAGACUCAGGCCACCAAGUUCAACACUGAGCUGGUGGAGACAAAGAUUGAGGAGUUUCUGAUGAGCUUCGGAGAAAAGAUGAACAGCUUGAGUCGUGAGGCUUUUAAGACCCAGGUGACUGCUCUCGUCAAGCUGAAGGGUUGCGAAGACACCCAUCUUGGCGAGGAGGUGAACAGGAACUGGACAGAGGUAGUCACGCAGCAAUACGUCUUCGACAGACUCAGCCGAGAGAUUGAUGCACUGAAACUCAUGACCAAGGCUGAACUCGUGAACUGGUUCAUGGGACACCGGGGUGAAGGCAACAGGAAGCUCAGUGUACAUGUUGUUGGUUACGGAGUAGAAGAGAACGACCCUCCUAGUGAGGAACAUCCGGCCGCUGGAAAAGAAGAGGAAGAGGGUAGUAAGAUGUCAUUGUAUGGGGAGGUUUCCAAACUCACCUUCCUUCCUGCUUCCACUUUACUGGCCUCAGUCACUACCAUCACAGACACCCAGGCCUUCACUUCCACCCUCAAUCUCUACCCUUACCACAAAAUUCUCAAAUAAACAAAAGCAUGGACUCACUCUGCCAGCUGGCACACAGGCACGCACCCCCUACCUCCAUCUUCCAUCCUUUCUUCUUGUCUACUUGAGCAAGGAUGAGCAGGGGCCGGCGGUCUCCCAAUGCUCCCGUUCUUUUGAAACGAGCUUCAGCCAUGUGUGCGUUCAUAUAAUGAGCCCUGCUGUUAAAAUGGCAUUGCUGUGAAUGUUGUGUGUGCGUGUGUGCGUGCAUGAAUGGGGCUCAGUUUGGGGGUCCUGCUGACAGACGCAGAUCACAAGGUCUCAUUAUAUAUCCCUCCUUGGCUGUAGUGGAGCUUUAGAACAUAAACAUGACUUCAAACUACUCAGAAUUGUGUGUAUUUUAUUAAUAGGUCUGCAGUGUUAAGUUUGUACUAAUACAUUUAUAAAGUUGUGACACUGUGCUGAAAAGUAUGAAAUAUAUUUGAAUGAAGUGCAGUAAGAGAGAUUGCUGGACUGCUUUUUAUGUAGCCAGUUGAUGAUGCCUGAUACUGAGGAUGUGUAAUGGUGCUUCAGAGGUGGGCAUUUGAGCAUGCAAGACCAAAAUGAUGAUGCUUCUAUUACUGCUAUAGCAUCAUUCUGCAUUUGGCACAACCUCAACUUGUAAACUGAGCAAUUGCUAAUAUCACUGCUUAAAUUCAGAAUGUGCAAAUAUAUAUUUAUUAAAAGUACCGUGAAGCUACUAGCUCGAUUUUACCUGAGUGUUGAAUGUUAGUUUGCUGUCUGUAUCAAAGGAUAAACAAUAAAAACAUCAUGUAGGCUGCCAUGGAAUA